GUGAUAUGGCCGGCAGUCCCAGACAAGAAUUCAAAAAGGAAGAAACUUAAAUUAUUUUUAUUAAAUCACUGUGCACUCCCAUUAUGAAUUUUCUGCUGCUUCAGUUGUCUUUGUCACCAGCAAAUGUAUGUGCUGUCCUUGGUAUUGCAUUUGCAGUUUUUGUUACUGUUUUUCUAAUCCGUCACCUUUUAAAACAAAGAAGACCUAAAGGAUUCCCUCCAGGUCCCACUGCCCUGCCAUUAAUUGGUAACAUUUUUGCUCUAGCUUCGGAACCCCAUGUGUAUAUGAAGAAACAAAGUGAAGUUUACGGACAGAUUUUUAGCCUUGAUCUUGGUGGUAUAUCAGCUAUUGUUGUUAAUGGUUAUGAUGCUAUUAAAGAAUGCCUUGUCCAUCAAGGUGAAUUUUUUUCAGACAGGCCAUCUUUGCCUUUAUUUCAAAAGCUGACAAAUAUGGGUGGUUUACUGAAUGCAAAAUAUGGUCGUGGCUGGACAGAACAUCGUAAAUUAGCCGUCAACUGUUUUCGCUCUUUUGGGACUGGGCAAAAGAGUUUUGAGAACAAGAUAACAGAAGAAUGCAUGUUUUUUCUUGAUGCCAUAGAUACCAGGAAGGGAAAACCAUUUGAUCCUAAACACCUUGUUACUAAUGCUGUAUCGAAUGUGUCAAAUCUGAUUAUUUUUGGGAAGAGGUUUACCUAUGAUGACACAGAGUUUCAGGACAUGAUUGAAAUAUUCAGUGAAAACAUUGAAUUAGCUGCUAGUGCUUGGGCAUUUCUUUACAAUUCAUUUCCAUGGAUUGCAGUUCUUCCAUUUGGAAAACACCAGCAGUUGUUUAGGAAUGCUGCUGAGGUGUAUAAUUUUUUGCAUGACAUCAUAGAGCGCUUCUCAGAAGGAAGACAGCCUCAAUGUCCUCGCAAUCUCAUUGAUGCAUACUUAGAUGAAAUAGACCACGGUGCCAAUGACCCUGAAUCAACAUUUUCAAGAGAGAAUCUAAUAUUUGCUGUUGGAGAACUUAUCAUUGCUGGAACUGACACAACAGCAAAUGCUAUCAGAUGGGCAAUAUUAUAUAUGGCACUUUACCCAAACAUUCAAGAAAAAGUACAAAAAGAAAUUGAUUCUGUUGUUGGCCCAAACAAUGUACCUUCUCUUGAAAAUAAGCCUAGAAUGUCCUACACAGAAGCUGUCAUCCAUGAAGUGCUGCGGAUAUGCAAUAUAGCUCCACUAGGAAUUUUCCAUGCCACAUAUAAGGAUACAGUAGUGAGAGGAUAUUCUAUUCCUCAAGGAACAACUGUAAUUACAAAUCUUUACUCUGUGCACUUUGAUGAGAAAUACUGGAAAAGUCCUGAACUAUUUUAUCCAGAGAGAUUUUUGGACAGUGGUGGACAAUUUGUUAAGAAAGAAGGCUUUGUACCCUUUUCCUUAGGCAGACGGCAUUGCCUUGGAGAACAACUAGCCAGAAUGGAGUUUUUUCUGUUUUUCACAACAUUGCUUCAAAGAUUUCACCUGCACUUUCCAGAUGGCUUUGUUCCAAAUCUUAAACCCAAACUAGGAAUGACUCUGCAGCCUUAUUCCUACCCAAUCUGUUGUGCAAGGCGUUAACAAAAUAUUUAAAUAAAAAAUAAUUACAGUACGCAGAGAAAUGAAAACUUGCAAAAGGUGCUAGUCAGAUUAAAGAUUACUUUACCAGAACUUCAUCUUUCAAAUGAGUUGUACAGCUUAAAAGCAUUUUUAUCAAUUCUAUCUUCUUCUGAAUAUGACACUGACAAUCAGAUAUUACACAUGCUGUAUGAUUUUAUUUUAUUAUCUGUUACUUAUCUUUGAAUCUUGGCAAACAUCUUUAAAUACAGGUAUGUCUUACCUUUUCUUUUAGAAAAUUAGUUUCAUCCCAGUCUGGAGGCCAUUGAAAAAAGAAAAACAGGAAUGCAAUCUCCUUUUGGCAAACAUAGUUCUGUAAUUCUGAACAUUUAAACUAGACAUAAAGUAACCUGUACUAUUUCUGAUGGUUUGUUGUGGAACAAGACAGGGUAGUACAGAUAACAUCACUGGGACAAGUCCUUUUACUAGGGAAUAAUCUUACCACCACCUGCAGGGUGUGAUGGCCACUUGCCUACCAGGCAUGGUAAGACUUCCAUCCAUACAUCAUAUCAAACCACAACUUGAGACCUAACAUGCAGCCCAUUGCAAUAAUUUUAUCUGUCUGAAUCUGAUACACUUCUACAAGCAAAUAAGGUACUCAGUUUUGAACAUUAGAGCUCUCACAGUUACUGACAAGUAAGAGAAUAACAUGCAUUCUGUAGAUUUUACGAUGUCUGUAGUGAGCUGCUUUUAUAUAAAGGGAAGUAGAAAAGCAGCAGAGAGAGACAUUGGAAAAAGACAGGGCUGUAUUUAUAGUCUGGGGCUGCACAAGUGCAUACUGUGCAUUUGUGGACAGUGGAGCAACACAGAUAUUCAGCUAAGAUCAGCAUAACAUAAUAGUUUUGAAUAUGAAAAAGCAAAGUAACUACUGUAAUCAUGCUUCUUUUUUGUAAAAGUGUACCUUGUGUAAAGUUCAUUUUUUCGUGUGUGUGAAGUAUUUUGUGGAAUCAUAAAUGGUAUGUGUCUUGGCAUAUUUUGUGCAAGCACUACUGAGUGCAGUCAUGCUAAAAGCAUUAAAAGCUGCGGACUGCGCAGUGGCUAAAAGUGGGUUUUUUAUGUUUGUUUUUAACGUAAAGGGGUUAGAACUGUUUUAUAUAGGGGCAUCCUUUCGUGUAUACCCUGAUGGUGUCAUUAAAAAAUAGAAAGGGGGUGAUAGGACCGAUUGAAAAAAGGGAGACAAAACAAGAGGUGAACACACAAGGGAAACAUUAA